CAGCGUCUCUUGAUGCUGAAGUGCUGUCGCUGUGGGCUGAACCGCUGUUUCCUCUUUGUUCUGAAUCAGGGUAACCAUCUGAGUAUUUUACGGAGAUAAACAGCAUAAAGUGUCAUUCAGUCGCAAUGGGGAAGGUGGAGGGAGGAAUGAAAUGCGUGAAGUACCUGCUGUUCGUGUUCAACUUCAUAUUCUGGCUGAUGGGCUCCUUCGUUCUGGCAGUGGGACUGUGGCUACGUUUCGACCCAGAAACUGUUUCUCUGCUCAGCGGCGAUAAGGCACCAGAUACCUUCUUCAUUGGUGUGUACAUACUUAUUGGUGCCGGCGGUCUGGUGAUGCUGGUCGGUUUCUUUGGCUGCUGUGGAGCCGUUAGAGAAUCACAGUGCCUGCUGGGUUCAUUCUUUGCCUGCCUGCUGAUCAUCUUUGGGUCUGAGGUGGCAGCAGGAGUGUUUGGAUUCUUAAACAAAGACACGAUAAUUGAAGAUGUCCAGAACUUCUACGCAAAAACCUACAAUGAAAACAGCAACGGCACUUUGAUCCUCUCUUACCAGAAAGUGCUGAGCUGUUGUGGAACUAUAGAAAACCGAUGCCCUGAUGCUGAAAAAGACACCAGGGACUGCGAGACGGGCAUCAAAGACUUCUUCAACAGUAAACUCUUCAUCGUCGGAUACGUGGGCAUAGGAAUUGCUGGUGUCAUGAUCAUUGGGAUGAUUUUCAGUAUGGUGCUCUGCUGUGCCAUUCGCAACAGCAGGGAGGUCAUCUAAGAUGGAUCCUUGGCCUCUGCUCUGACCUGCUUCUGUAUCCAGCCCGUAAAGACUGUACAGCAAUUCGUAUUAAAUGUCAUCUCCUGUCUGUCAACCACCUAGGGAGCCAGGAAGUAGAACAUGUUCGAAAAAAUUCCUUUCCACUACAGUGCUCAUCCCCUCCCUUGUGCAAUGAUCUUUUGGUAUGUUUUGUCGCUUAUUUAUUUCCAGUCCAAAGCAAAGUACCACAGUCUACCUUUCACAGCAUUCUAGGAAGACUUUCACAUAUCAAGUGGGAACAGUACAAAUUCUAUUGCGGAGCAGACAACCUGUCAAAUAGCUUUUCCUAAUGGCCGUUUUGGGCCACCACAAAUUUUGAACCCACAUACUAUCACAGCAGUGUCAAAGCUUUUUCACACAGCCUUGACACUGACCCCUGGGCUGUGGGAAACUUAAGCCUGAGAAAGCAAUCUGAGGUGAAAGCUGCUGAGUUUGCUUAUCUGUGCGCACAGAAACACACACACACAGACAUGCACACACAGACACGCAAAUACAGCUAUGUUGUGCUACGUGAGCCCACAAUCUUAAAAAAGAUUUCUGCAUCUCAGAGACCGUUUUGAUUGGUUGAAUCGGUGUGGAGCGUUACUCAUGCAUGCUGUAUUUCGAUCCAGCAGGCAUCCAUUGGGAUGCCCCAUCACAGUGUGAGCGGACACUCCGUGAACCACUCAAGCCACACAGGUUACACUAAAUGACCAAAAUCCAAUGAUCUUAUUAAAGAACUAGUUAAUAUUUAGGGAAAUCCACCUAACUGAUUUCUUUUUAGAGUUAAGUGAACAGAUUGAGGCCACUCUCUUGACUAUACAAUAAACAUACAUUAUAGCCAGUGGCCAAUUAGCUUAACUUAGAAUGAAGACAGUAAACAUGUCGUCUCGUAGAAGAAGGAAACAUAAAAAAUGUGUUCACACUUUUUUUGUUACCUUUGGAAGGAUUCAGUUUUUGUUUGUUUUUUUCCAUGUGUUCAGUAUUUCCUCUCAAACAAUUAAGUUGUGGAUGUAACUUUCUAUUUAACAAAUAUGAAAGCCGCAUUCAUCCUGUCAUGUGGCUCUUGGAAAGAAAGUGAGUGUAUUUCUCAGAACUCUGUUCUCAUAUCUUUGCAGAACUAGGUUACUUUGCAUCAUAAUGUACAUAUACGACCAUAUUAUGUUGUCUAAUUUAAGUACUACAUUCCCAAGCUGGUGUGUCCUGAUGAGUUAGGCAGAUUACCAAACUCCUCCAAAUUCCUCUAUUGAGCAGAAAUGAGCAUGAAGGCUACCUUAAGAGUUACACAAAUGUGCUUUUGCAAAUCCAAAAGAAUAUAUAUUAACUUCAUUUAAAAGCAUCUUGUGUGGUCCAAUGAAAAUUAUCUGUUAUGUAAUAAAGCCUCCCAUCAGACACUGUAUAGAAGACUCAGAUCCAGCGGUCAUGUUUACAGGCUAAACAUGGACUAUCCAGUCAGCUGAGAAUAGGCACUGGUGGUGGUGAAAUGUGCUCAUCUAAGCCAGGCCUCUGAUGUCUUCUCACUUGCGUCAGUUUUCUCUCGGUGCCUUAAAAUUACACCACCCUCAAAAAGAAGCAGUAGAAUAGUCUCUAUAUUUGACUCAGUUCAUUAACCUCAGCGUCUAGGAGGGAAGGAUAGACAACUCAACCUGGAAUUGUUUCCACCUAUCCAGGUUAAAUCAGGCCAUUGUUUAUUCUAUAGGACUUUUUCCAGAAGGCAGGACAGUAGGAUGUAAAUAUGUUUCUUUUUCUAUUGUACAUUAUUUGUGCUAAAUGUGAUAGUUACUAUUUAACAUGCUGUGUUUAGACAGAUGUUGGCAGUAGCUGUACAGUGUAAUAGUGACGAGAUUGUUUGUAAAGGUCAAAGCAAAUCCACACAGCUCGAACAGCGUCUUAUUGAUGUGCCUUUCUUUAAGCUAUUCGGUGAGCUGAACGUAGUGAAUAAAUGUAGCAAAAGCGUGCACGUCUGUAGACUUGGACUGCAGUUAGCUGUCAAACGUAUUCGACGAGUAGCAGACGGGGCUCGACUCGCCAUUUUAUGGUGUGUUUCACAGUGUUGCGUUCAACUCGAGCUCAGCCAAGGAAGCUGACGUGGUGCGAGCAACGACUUUCCUGCCAAAUAUUUCAAAAGGCUUUUGGUACCAAGGAAUUCUGUAAUGAGGACUCAAAACAAUCAUUUUAAUGCUGAUUAAGUUCCAACAAUCAAGCUGCGUUAGACAUAAGUGCUGGUCAAUAUUACUAUUCUUUGUGUUUUUGUUUUUUUUCUCCAUUGCAUUGUAAUGUGGCACAAGCGAUGAAAAACAAGUGAGACUUGAUAACCACUUCAGAUUGCCAGUAGGCAGUGUUUACUCUGAAGACUGAAGUAACACAGGACUAUCACCAGACUGUCACUUCAGAGGCACAGUUUACUGCUACUAAAGCCACCAAUCUGUUGCUGUCUUCCUCAUUUAUAUUUGUUAGAGCAAAUCUGGAGAUGUAACACACUGUGCACCUCAAAAAAAAAACAAAAAAAACUCUGUACACAGUCAAGCCUUUCAUAGAUGAUUGUGUGUUAAUUUAUUUUGAUACCAUUCCAGGCCUCUCAGGAAUAUAGGUGUUUGAAGUUUAAUAAAGCUUU